AUGUUGGACCCUCUGUCAGACUGUAGCCCGCUCAUCAGUGCAGCAUCCUCUGGGAAGCUCCGUCUGGUCCGUCUGCUGGUAGACGGUGGAGCAGAGGUAAAUGGGCGCAACCCUAAAGGAGAGACAGCUCUGCUGGCUGCCUGCAAGGCCCUGAGAGGGGAGCCUGCUGGGUCUGAGACAAUUAAGCUCCUCACAUACCUCCUCCAGAACAAGGCAGAUCCUAAUGCACAAGACUGGGCGGGGCGUACUGCGCUGAUGUACGCCUGUAUGGAGCGUGCGGGAGCUCAGGUCGCAGCCACACUCCUUGCUGCAGGAGCCGACCCAAGCAUGGAGGAUUACUCUGGAGCCUCAGCUUUGGUCUACGCCAUCAACGCGCAGCAUCAGCCUACUCUGAAGGUAUUGAUGGAUGCAUGUCAGGUCAGAGGUCGUGACAUCAUCAUCAUUGCCACGGAGGUGGGUGUGCAUGGAGGCCCUGUGACCAGACGCUAUCUGAAUGUUCUCCCAUCCCCAAACACCUCACCGGUGUCCUGCAUGUCCCCAUCUGACAUAGUCCUGAAGACAGGCUCGCCAAACUCACCCGAGGGCGAAAACAUCUUCAACUUCAGAGCAACAAGCCAACGAGGAAGUAGCAGCAGCAUUAGCAGCAGACGUCCCUCCUGUGAACCACUGAGCCGGUGCAGCUCUCCCCCUCUCAGACAGAGAAUAUCAUCUGAACCCUGGCUAGCGAUUCACAACCUGGCCUGUCUGAACAGAGCUUAUGAGGAGGGCAGGAGGGAGAGGAGCCCACAGGAGGAGAGAGACAGAGAGGAUUUGAGAGGGGAGAGAGGAAGGAGUAAGGGUGAGGAAAAGGAGGAAGAAGAAAAGGAGUCCCAUUUUGAUCAGUCCAGAGUGGAAGAGAGGAGAAGAGGCAAGGUUCAAAGGAGAGAUAACGGAUAUGGAGGAGAGGAUUACAGCCGCAGCCAUGAGGAUUUCUCUUUGAAGACUUCUCAUUUUGUCGUCCCGCUCACUGAGAUGAGCUCGACUCAUGCAACGCCCGGCAGCGUGGUCCUCAAACGAUGUGUCACUCCUGCAGGGUCACUCUCAGACAAAAAGCUCCCCACCGGCCUGCCCCCUCACUCCCAGCUCCGCAGGAAUACCCUCCCCUCUGUCACAGUCGACCCUCCUCUACUUGACCUCCCUCCUUUGGGAAGCCAAUCCACAUCUCACCUCCAGGUUCCAACCCAGGUUUCACCAGCCAAAAGCAGAACCAUGGUGUUUCUGCCUCACCCACCCAGCUCCUCUCCUCCCUCUAGAGCAUCAGUGAGGCCAGCUCUACUCCCUCCACUGCCCUCAGCUUCCUCCGUCACCUCACUGGUUCCUCCUUCUGCCUCCUGCUACAACGAGAGAAACAGGAGGUCACUGCGUCGUCACUCGGUGCAGCUUGAACAGCUAAAAGGAGGAACACGGAUGAACUAUUUAGACAUGUGA